AUGGAAGAAGGUGACAACGAGAUGAAAAAGGAUAUACCAUUAGGACGUGUGCUUUAUAACAACCCACAACAAACUUUAGAUAUUAUGCAGCUAUUACAAAAUUUUUAUCAGCUAUUAAGUUUAUAUUCCGAACGUCAGUCAAGUCAACAUUCUUUUAUCUAUCUAAAACAAGCAUCAGUUAUGUGGGUUAAACAAUUUGGUAGUACAUUUGGUGAUUUAUAUGUUACACCUUACAUGCACGUAUUAUCUGAUCAUAUGUCCGAAUUUCAAGAAAAAGACGAAGACGAUGAACUGUCAUGUUUUAAUCUACAACGAGCUGAAAAGUAG